CCGCCUUAUCGGGAAAUAUGUCAAUGCCAAACUGUAGUGUACAAUGUUACAAUAGCCAGCAUUACUAUCAUGUAAUGUUCAGAUAAAGGCUAGCAGAAGAAAUAGUGGACGUGAACUGCCGUCCAGUGUAUUUUGUAUAGACCAAGAUUGUCCACUCCGUCCUCUUUCUGUGGGGUCACACAACCAGUAAAAUGUUGGCCCCUAUCUUGGUGACCCUGAUAUUUACAUUAAAUCCAAACGUUGCUUUGGGAGACCAGUUACAGAUCAACAAUGCAUGGAGUGGUGGUUUCCAUGGCAGUUUCACGGUCCACGCAGAUCAUCCAAUCAUUGGCUGGACAGCUCACCUGUCCUUUAGUAAAGCGGUACAGAGCCUUCAGAUUUUCAAAGCAAUAGUCUUAUCGUCGAGCAACGAUAAUCGUGACUAUGUCGUUCAGAAUGUUCGAUGGGACGGAAAUAUUACAGCACACGGUUCCCUGACUGUGGACUUCACCGGCAUAAUUGUGGGUGAUCAGCCACCGACCGGAACCGUCACGAUAACGGAAGUAACAUUGGGAGGAAGUCACGUGACAACUCAAGCUACAAUAACACCCACAACACAGCACUCCUCUAACCAGAGUGUACACGCCCUCAAUACGAAAUACGAUUACGCAGAAGCGAUGCGUUUGUCCAUACUAUUUUAUGCUGCGCAAAGAUCUGGCAAACUUCCGGCUAAUAACCCCAUCCCUUGGAGAGGUGACUCCGCACUCCAAGAUGGACAUGAUGUACACACGGAUCUAACUGGUGGAUGGUAUGAUGCUGGCGACCUGAUUAAGUUUAAUUUCCCGAUGGCGUCCACCACCACUCUACUGGUGUGGGGUCUCAUCCGAUGGCCGGACGCCUACCAGGCCGCCGGACAACUGGACAAUAUGUAUGACAGCGUCAAAUGGCCACUAGAUUACUUCCUCAAGUGUUGGAAGCCAAAUACCAACACGUUGUACGUACAGUGUGGUAAUGGACUGGCAGGACAUGAUUACUGGGGCAGGCCGGAAGACAUGAAUCCAAACAGACCGACGUACAAAGUCAAUGCGCAUCAUCCCGGAAGUGAUGUAGCUGGCGAGACAGCGGCUGCAAUGGCGGCGGGAUCGAUUGCAUUCCAAGCAAAAGACACUGCCUACUCCAGGGAGCUGCUGACAGCCAGUCAAUCCCUGUACUCAUUCGCCAAGGCUCACAAGGGGAAGUACUCCGACAGUGUCCCGGAUGCCGACGACUUUUAUGCAUCCAGUGGUUAUGAGGAUGAGCUGUGUACUGCGGCGGCGUGGCUCUACAAGGCCACCAAUGAGACACACUAUCUGGCCGACGCUAAACAGUUCUACGACUCGGAUACAGCGUAUGGUCUCUCCUGGGACGAUAAGCAAAUAUCAUGUCAAAUCCUACUGUGGGAGCUUACCGGUGAAACCCAAUACAAGACCAGCGUGAAACACUUCCUUCACAGUUACAUGCCAGGCGGGAGUGUCCCCUACACUCCCUGUGGUCUUGUCUUCAGGGCAAAGUGGGGCUCUUUAGCAUUUGCAGCAAAUGCCGCCUUUGUGGCCCUGAUGGCUGCCGAAGAUGGGAUCGGUGGGGACAACUACAAGACAUGGGCCCUGUCUCAGAUAGACUACGCCCUCGGAGAAAACAAUCAUAACUUCAGCUACGAGAUCGGCUUCGGAUCACAUUACCCUGUUAAACCUCACCACGUGGGAAGUUCAUGCCCAAGCCCUCCAGCUACAUGUGACUGGGAUGCCUUUGAUUCACAUGCGCAAAAUCCGCACAUCCUUUAUGGCGCCCUAGUGGGUGGACCGGGUCGCCAUGACGACUACACGGAUGACCGAAAGGACUAUGUCAAGAACGAAGUUGCAUGUGAUUAUAACAGUGGAUUUCAAUCAGCAUUAGCAGGGUUGGUGCACUUUGCGCUCCAUCACGAUCUGCCAUCGGCCCCAACUCUUAGAUGCAGCAAUCAUAAAAGACAUCACCGUUGAUAGGAAGGCUGUCACAGACCAGAGAUAAAGCAUCGCCAAUCCACAACCUCUGUCAUUUUGCUAGCACAAUUAACUCAUUAUUUCACCAGAGGUCAGACAAAAAUAAAGAUUUCUCGUCUCGU